AUGGUUUGUGUGUGUUUCCGUUUCCCGUCAAUGUGUUUCCCCUAUAGGUCCCCCAAGCUGCUGCGCGCCCUAACUCUUCAACAACAACAACCUAUAGGUCCCCAGCUUGACUUAGCUCGGUGGGGUAUUUGCAAGGGUAUUUCCAGGCAGGAAAUACCCUUUCAAAUUCAAUUCACUCACAAUUCUUCUUUCUCGUUGUCAGAUUUGAGUGGGUUUAGUUGUCGAUAGAUGUGGUGUGAGAGUGUGGCGUAACUCAACUUCACUGAAUUGAUUAAAUGUAAUCAGAAGUUAGAUGACUCACUCUCGCUAGAGCUUGAGCUACCUCAUCCAUUCUUCAAGGAGGGAGGCAGUGGAAACUAGAAGAGUAUUGGCAAUGCAUUAUUUUGAUUUGUUAGACUUUGCCUAGCCACAACAACAAAGCUUACACUAUGGAGGAAGUGGCUUGGUGUACCAGCUUAUUAUGUCUGUUUUUGUGUUUGGGAGUGUCAGCAGUUUGUGCUGAAUCUGCAAGUGCAGCUGAUGGAUACAUGACCGUGGACCUGGAGGAGAGCAGGGCCAUGUGCCGGGGCAGCUCAUUGACCAGCAACCGAGUGUGGAUCCAGCCUGAGAGGCCAGUCCUACUGCGGCUGGGGCAUCUACCCAACCAUGACCCAGCGCGGGUGGAGCAGUGUGAACUGAGGAUCAGCGCGCCGGCUGACUACGGCAUCAGCAUCACUAUCAACAGCAUGAACUUGGACUUCCGGCGGAACCAGUUCACCGGCUCCAUCAGCUGCCGGGACCACGUCCGGUUCUCCCGGCCCUGGGACUCGUUUAUGGCCAAGGCGCUGGCCAAAGUGUCUGACGUGUUCUCCGACCGCAGUGACUCAAUCUGCCGGCAAAACUACGAGGUGGACAUCAACCGUCCGGAACUGUACAACGUCGGCAAGACGGCCAACAUCUUCCACUCGACCAAGAACGAGGUGGGCUUCGAGUACGAGCGCGGCAGCGACCGCAGCUCCGACAAAGAGUUCACCAUUGUCGCCACCGCAUUCAGGAAGACCAACGGCUCCUGCCCGGACGAGUUUAUCCGUUGCGGCAUCAAGUCGGUCAGCUACUGCAUCUCAGAGCGGCUGCGCUGCGACGGCUUCGUCAACUGCGGCUUCCCCGGCAGCGGCGUCGACGAGGAGGGAUGCUCCGUGGCCAGCGGCACCAUGUCGACCCACACGUUCGUCUGGGUGACGCUGGUGCUGGCGCUGGCCGUCUUCAUCUGCUGUCUAAUCUCGUGCGCGCUGCGCUGCUGGGUGCCCUCCCAGUCGCCGGCCCACCCCCGGCUGCGGCUCUGGUUCGCACCGCCCAGCCGGUCGCCGGCGGACAGCAGGCCGACCUCGUCCAGCGGGCCGGUGCCGGCCGAGCGCACCCACCUCUCCCCGCUGCCCAGCUACGAGAGCGUGGUGGGCCAGCUGGGCGGCAUGCAGUCGCCGCCCGCCUACAAGGAUCUGUUUCCCGAGCGGCCGGUCACGCCGCCGGGCGCCGACCUGCUGCCGCUGCGACCGCUGCUCAAGGCCUCCGACCGGCCGCGGACGCCGCCGGCCGCGCCACCGCCGGCAGUGCGGAGAGUGUGACACCCGGACAGCCGCCGACGGCGGGAGCCCGCCCGGUGGGACCCCGGCCAGCCAUCAGCGCGGAGCGUGAUCCCCCGGGCAGCCACCGGCAGUACUGCACCGGUUCUGACGGUCGGACAGCCUGCGGCGGCGGGAGUGUCUGUGGCGAGUGCCGAACGGUGGGUGAGUCGCUGAGUGACGACUACAGAGGAGGUCAGCGAGUGCUGGGAGUCCGCCGGGAGAGCGGACUCUGAGAGAGACGCUCCGCUCCGACCGAGAGAGCUGUUCUGCCGGUCGGUGGAGAUGGAGACGGGACAGCCGCGCCGUAUGUCUCAGUGAUGUAGCUAUGGCGCCUCCCAGUAGUUUAUAGCUGAACAGCCCGGGGGAAGGAGUAUAUUAGAGCGCACACAGAACGGGUACACAAAGCAGCGCGCCCGUCGCUGUUCCAAACAGCGUCGUGUCCGUGUGCAGCAGAGCAUGGCUCCCAUUGUAACGUAAGAGUCGAAUGGCAGAGUCAGUUAUGUCGUUCCAUAUGUAAUGUUAAGCACUACGCCCAGUGUUUCUUACUGGACAGGCUGUGGGUCUCAAUACGCGCACGCUUCCCUCUGGUCAGCAAGUGUUCUCUCCGUGUGCCAGCAGGCUUGUGUAUGAUGGCGGUAGUGUUAGAACUCUGAGAGAUUAGCGGAGGUCUGGCGACCAGUGACCUGCAUUUUCUAUGAGCUUAUUGAUCGUCUAUUGUUGUAACAGAUGGAGCAGCUCCCCAGCUGUGGGUGUUUACUACCUGAACGCUUGCUGUUGGCGCUUAUUACGAGACUGAAUGGAUUUAUUUUAUUUGAGCCCUUCCGAAUGGUGCUCUAGUUAAGAUAGUACAAUAACAGUGGUCUGCAGUGUCCUGUGCGCCGACGAGUGCACUCUCUGACCCAUAAUAUACAUUAUUUUUGUACUUAGAACUAGUCGUGCGUUUGCUGCAUCUGUUAUUCUGUACUCCAUACCUAGCACAGGAGUUCAUAUUUCAUGGAUGGCAUUAUCCUCCCAUUGAAGUUCAGUGUUGUCAGAAUUUAAACUUUUGUGUGAAUACACAAACUGCUACUC